AUGGCUUUCAGGAGACUCUCGCUCCUGGCGGCGGCGGGCUCCGCCUCGGCAUUCGUCUCGGCGCCCAUCGUCGGCGACCAACUGCCGCUCGCCUGGCCCCUGGACUCGGCCAAGUCGACCCUCAAUGGCAAAUGCCAACUACCGCCCGUCCUGGACCCGUCCGAGGACGGAUUGCCGUCCGCCAACGCCUUGUUCUCCUCCAGGGCGGCCCUGGACCGGCAGGUUCGGAGGCACCAGGCUGUCGUGCGUGUGCCCUCCGUGUGCUACGAUGACCUCGGUUCGUUCGACGAGGAUGCGCGGUGGAAGCCCUUUCACGAACUGCAUCGCGUUCUGGCCGAGACCUAUCCUGCCGUGCACGCGGGCGCAACGGUCGAAAAGGUCAACAGCUUUGGCCUGGUCUACACCAUCCCGGGAUCCAAAGAGCACCUCAAGCCUAUCCUGCUCGCCGCCCACCAGGACGUCGUCCCCGUCGCUGACGAAAACACGUGGACGCACCCGCCCUUCUCGGGCCACUGGGACGGCGAGUGGCUCUGGGGCCGCGGCUCCUUGGACGACAAGAUGAGUCUGACGGCCAUCAUGUCCACCAUGGAAACGUUGCUGUCGCGUCCCGAGUGGCAGCCCGCCCGCACCAUCAUCCUUGCCUUUGGCUUCGACGAGGAGUGCUCCGGACACCGCGGUGCCGGCAAGAUCGCGGAGCACCUCGGGGCUCGUUAUGGCAAAAACGGCAUUGCCAUGAUUCUUGACGAGGGUGACCUGGGCCUCAACAAGAUUGGCAACGUCUUGUACGCCCUGCCCGCCGUGUACGAAAAGGGCAACGUCAACAUCUGGCUCGAGCUGCGCCUCGUCGGCGGACACAGCUCUGUGCCGCUGCCCCAUACCGGCAUUGGCAUCAUCUCCGAGAUGGUUGUUGCCCUCGAGGCUCAUCCGUACCGGCCCAAGCUGAUCAAAGACGGUCCCAUCCACCAGCACCUCCUGUGCCAGGCGCAACACUCUCCCGAUGCUGCACCCGAGCUCACCCGCCUCCUUGGCAAGGGCGAUCUCGACGCCGCGGCCGAGCUCUUGGCCAACGCCAGCCUGGAGACCAGGUACAUGAUCCAGACAUCGCAGGCUGUCGACUUCAUCGGCGGCGGGCAAAAGAUCAACGCCCUGCCCGAGGUCAUCACCCUCGGCGUCAACUAUCGCGUUGCGCCUCAGGACAGCAUCCCCCUCGUCCAGCACAAUGUCGUCAAGCACAUCCGUGCCAUUGUGUCCAAGUACAACCUCAAGGUCAAGGCCUUUGAAGGCGACACCGAGUACGAGCACUACCUGGCAGAACACGAAGCUGAGCUUGUCCCCGUCGAAUCCGCCCAAAACGGCGUCCGUUACGACGGCACUCUAGUCCUGCAGGCCAAGGAGCCAACCAAGCCCAGCCCCAUAUCCCCCGUUACCGGUGCCAUCUGGGACGUCUUUGCCGGCACCAUCAGACACACCUUUGCCUUCGACGGCACCGUCGUCCCUGCUGGCGAGGCCAUGACGGGGAACACCGACACACGUCAUUACGUUGAUCUUACCCCCCAUGUGUACAGAUGGUCCCCCGUCACCGCCGACUCCAUGCACGGCCUGCACACCGUCGACGAACGCAUCCGCAUGGACACGCACAUGGACAUGGUCAAGUUCUACUAUGACCUCGUGCGCAACUUUGACGCUUCCGAGGCCUGA